AUGCUGGUCUGUAUACCGGAUGAUGAAACGAGAGGACCAGCAACAGAGCCAGGGUUUUGGCAUGCUACAAUGCGUAAACAUGGGCUGGACGAUUUCGAUUCAAGUUUUCGCUUGCCUGAUACCGAUCCUAACACACUCACCUUGUCGAAUGCCAAGGUCAAUCACAAUACCGAGUUCCACUGCAUAACAUCCGCCGACAAUGGCAAUUCCUCACGCGCAUCCAGAAAAGGUUGUUCGCAACGGCAGUUGAUGUUCUGCAAUGUUUGCCACUACCACUACGCGGCAAAGAUCAUCCCUGGUGUUGAGAGCCUCAACUCAACCGAUCAAAUAGCCGACCGCGCGGGAUGA